UAGAAGAGAUUAAGUCAGCGCGCCAUCAACACACAAACACAGUGAUUAAUAUGGGAAGUAGAAGCGAAGAAGAAGAAGAUGAGACUUUGUUGCUUACCACCACCGACGGUAGGCCUCCUGCCGCCACACCUGUGCUUGUCUUCAGCACUCUUGUGGCCGUUUGUGGAUCUUUCGUUUACGGUUCUGCUGUUGGCUUUUCAUCUCCUGCUCAAACUGGAAUGAUGGAUGAUCUUGGCCUCUCCGUGGAUGAGUACUCAGUUUUCGGUUCAAUAUUGACGAUUGGAGCAAUGGUAGGUGCUGUUAUGAGUGGGAAAAUAGCUGAUCAACUUGGACGGAGAUGGACCAUGGGACUGUCUCAAAUGUUCUGUUUGUUAGGGUGGUUGGCAAUCUUAUAUUCACAGGUUUCUUGGUUACUCGAUGCUGGAAGACUAUUUAUAGGAUAUGGAAUUGGGGUUACCUCCUAUGUGGUACCAGUUUAUAUAGCAGAAAUAACACCUAAAAACCUCCGUGGAGCAUUUACUAAUGUUAAUCAGCUGAUGAUAGCUAUUGGCAUAUCUGUAAUGUGGCUUGUUGGAAUUAUUAUUCCCUGGCGCACACUAGCUCUUAUUGGAACCGUUCCAUGCGUACUACAGGUUCUAGGCCUUUUCUUCAUUCCCGAGUCUCCUAGAUGGCUGGCAAAAAACGGUCGGUGGAAAGACUCCGAGUCUGCUCUACAGAAACUUAGGGGAAAGAAUGCUGGAAUCUUUGAAGAAGCUGCGGAAAUCAGAGAUUAUACGGAAACGCUUCAUCAGUUGUCAGAAACUGGAGUCUUCGAUCUGUUUCAACCAGAAUAUACUAGAUCUCUUAUUGUUGGAGUUGGACUUAUGGUAUUGCAGCAAUUUGGAGGUGUCAAUGCUAUUGCAUUUUAUGCUAAUUCUAUCUUUAUUUCUGCUGGGUUUUCAAGUAGCAUUGGAUCAAUAGCAUUAGUUAUUGUUCAGAUUCCAUUUACAAUAUUAGGUGUACUUCUGAUGGAUGUUUCAGGUAGACGUCCUCUACUGAUGGUUUCUGCAGCUGGAACAUGCUUGGGUUGUCUCUUCUUGGGGAUAUCUUUUUUGCUACAGGACCUUCAUGAAUACAAGGAGUUAAGCCCCAUAUUGGCACUUGUCGGGGUAUUGGUAUUUAAAGGAUCAUUUUCACUGGGCAUGGGAGGAAUUCCAUGGGUCAUUAUGUCUGAGAUCUUUCCUAUAAAUAUUAAGAGCUCUGCUGGCAGCCUGGUGACAGUAGUUAACUGGUUUGGUUCUUGGGUCGUUACAUACUUUUUUAACUUCCUGAUGAAGUGCAGCACCGAAGGAACCUUUUUCUUGUUUUCUGGCGUAUGCUGCGUUACCAUUUUGUUCGUUGCAAAAUUAGUACCAGAGACCAAGGGCCGGACACUAGAAGAAAUACAAGCGUCAAUGAACCCAUUGACGACUUCGUCUCUCUCUGAUCUAUAAGGUUUGCUAUUGGUAGUUUGUGCAUCCUAUAUUGGAAUAAGUUUAUACGUACAUCACAAUAUACAUGUUUAUAUCCACAUUGUAAUGAUAUGCGGGCCGGGCGAUAUAAAAAAUGGGCCCCUAAAUUUUAGAAUAAGUUGUAAGGGUAAUAUAUUCUUUAAUGAAAGUGGUGAUACUUGCAAGAUUCA